AUGACGCGCAAAGAUCCCCUUCCGCUCUCUGAGGAGUGGACAGAUCCUGAUGUUUACGUGGACUCUCUUUUGAACUUUGCGACUUCGUCAAUUCUUUUCCGGAAUCUCUGUGGUGGGGUGCAUAUUCUAGACUUUCUGACCAGAGAACCCGAUCUCUACACAUCUCUUUUACCGGAAGAUUGGAGAAAUUUCUUCGACCAGCAUGACAUGCACGAUAUUUUAUACCUCUUUUUAAGAGAAGACAUUCGAUCCAUUGGACAUGCAGACCAGGCCCCGCCUACAGAAAACGGCCAUGGACAAGAUGACGAAAACAAGUGGAAAGGAGGUCUCUUGCCUCCGCAAAGCCUCUUGGACUAUAUUCAUGACAUUCGAAGGCUGAGCCUAAGACGUGAAUUUAAUGCUCCAGCUCAUUAUCCAAAGGAACCGACAAUCCCCAGACGGCUUGCAGUUGGCAUGAAGACCAAAAAGCGUCACGAGGUGGAAUACUUCUCGAGAUAUGUCGAUUCCUUGACUGCAAGGGUUUCUGAGCAGCGUGGCGAAGAUGUCUCUCACAUAGUGGAUUUUGGAUCCGGUCAGAAUUACCUGGGCCGCACGCUUGCUAGUUCCCCGUAUAAUAAACAUAUCAUUGCUAUCGAACGGAAACACGAGUAUAUCAGUGGUGCUAGGGGCAUGGAUGUUUCAGCUAAAUUAGUGAAAAAGGAGAAGGUCAUAAGGAGAAGGGAGUCUUUACCGCAACGCAAGCGGUCCAAGCCGUCUGUGAAUCCUCCUGGAGAGGAGAUGCAGGAGUCUUGCGACGCCUGUAUCGACGUUCCAAAGACAACUGCAGACAUUGUGAACGAGAAUGGGAACGAGGAUGAAAAUGGAGAAUUCACUGUGAUCAACGUUUUUCGUGGAAUCGAUCUCGAGCCAAAUGAGCUAGCUGGCCCUCAGACUCGUAAUCAAGAGAAGCCCGUUGCAGCUGACGAGGAAGAGACGUCUCUGAAAGGCGCUAUAGAUUAUAUUGAACAUGACAUCCAGGAUGGAUAUCUAGAGCCUAUCAUCAAGAGUGUUAUCGCACCAGAUAAUGCCGAGGCUCGAUCUGAUUCUCAGCGAUCCUUUGCUGCAGCCAUUACCUCCUGCAAUAAAAAACCAAUCGAUGCACGAGUUAUGGUGGUUUCCCUGCAUUCCUGUGGCAAUCUUGUCCACCAUGGAGUGCGCUCUCUGGUGCUGAACCCAUCUGUUGUGGCUGUUGCUAUGAUCGGAUGCUGUUAUAAUCUUAUGACUGAGAGGCUUGGGCCUGCCACAUAUAAACUCCCUGUUCUCCGAUCUCUCCAUCCUCGUCUCGCUGAAACUGGAAAGGCAUACGACCCCCAUGGCUUUCCGAUGUCGAGACGUCUUGAAACCUUCUCACACGGAAGUGGCACCGGCAUGAAGUUAAAUAUUACCGCCAGAAUGAUGGCCGUCCAAGCCCCUUACAACUGGGGAAAGGAGGAUAGCGAAGGGUUUUUUACACGUCAUUUCUAUCGAGCUCUUCUCCAACGUAUUCUGCUAGACCGAGAGGUUGUCCCUAAGCCCACAAUCCCUGCAAGCCCAUAUGAUGCUGACCUUGAUUCAUCCGGCGGCACUGCGCUUAUCGUGGGCUCCUUGCGGAAGUCGGCGUUCACUUCUUUCUCCGCCUACGUUCAUGCUGCCCUUGCAAAGUUAAUCCGCCAUCCCCAAUAUGGAGAAAAAAUCAAGGAGAAAAUGGCCGAUAUCUCAGAGGAAGAGAUAAGUCGGUAUGAAACAGAAUAUUGGCCAGCUAAGAAGAAUCUGAGCGUGACCUGGAGCUUGAUGGCCUUCAGUGCUGGCGUGGUCGAGGCCAUUAUCGUUGUUGAUCGCUGGCAGUUCCUGCGUGAGCAUUCUUCUAUCAAGGAUUGCUGGGUUGAACCUGUUUUUGAGUACAGUGAGAGCCCGAGGAACUUAGUUGUGGUUGGGGUCAAAGAAUGA